UGUGCCCCCCGCUGUGGCCGCCAUAUUGGGGCUGUGGAGGCGGGGGGAGGGGGGUCGGAAGGCAGGAUUCGGCUCAGCCGCCUCAACCAUGUCAGAAGGGGACAGCAUUGGUGAGUCUGUUCAUGGAAAGCCUUCUGUGGUCUAUCGAUUUUUCACAAGACUUGGGCAGAUCUACCAGUCCUGGUUAGACAAAUCUACUCCAUAUACUGCAGUGCGAUGGAUCGUAACUUUGGGUCUGAGUUUUAUCUACAUGAUUAGAGUUUAUUUACUGCAGGGUUGGUACAUUGUGACAUAUGCCUUGGGAAUCUACCAUCUAAAUCUCUUUAUAGCUUUCUUGUCGCCAAAGGUAGAUCCCUCUUUAAUGGAAGAUUCAGAUGAUGGUCCUUCCUUACCUACAAGGCAAAAUGAAGAAUUUCGGCCUUUCAUUAGGAGGCUCCCAGAGUUUAAAUUCUGGCACUCGGCCACUAAAGGCAUCCUGGUUGCUAUGGCAUGUACAUUCUUUGAGGCUUUCAACGUUCCUGUUUUUUGGCCAAUCCUUGUGAUGUACUUCAUUAUGCUGUUUUGUAUCACUAUGAAGAGGCAAAUCAAGCAUAUGAUAAAGUACAGAUAUAUACCCUUCACACACGGCAAGAGGAAAUACAAAGGGAAAGAAGAUGUGGGAAAGACCUUUGCUAGCUAGAAGGUGCAAUCAACCUUUUGACCAAUUCUGCUUACAACUAAAGGAACGAUUUUUGAGCCAUUGUAACAAUGCCUUUUUUCUUCAUAAAAAUGAUUGAGUUGUGACAAAGCAGUUGAAGUUUCAUUUUAAGAGGAUCUCGCUACUUUUAUCUGAAGUAUCAGUUGCUUGAAGAAACUGGCAUUCUAACCAACUUGCUUUGAGUUUAUCUUUUGUAAGAAGUUGGAGAAACUUUGGAUAAUCCCCUGGAUUUGGGAUAACGGAUUCCUUUCAGGAUCCAUUGCACUGGAGAGAUGAAUGGCUUUGAGUUUGAUGUUUUUACGUAGUUCUCAGUAUCACCCUGAAGUGCUGUGCACGUAUGUAGGAAAAAGGUGGCACACAUGAUGCUGUUUUCUGCUUCAUGGCCUUGUGCUAUUUUCAUAUAAAAAUUCAGCAGAUCUGAAUAGAUGCCAAUUUGCUAAAUGCAUGAUAUUACUGAGUCAUAAAUAGAAAAAGAAAUCUCCAAAUGUAAGGAUUUUGCAGUAGGGAGAAAAACACACACAGCUUCUAAAGUAACUCAUUUCUGUUAGGUUUCAAUGCCAGUUUCACCAUUACACCUCCCAGAAGAUGCUAAAAUUGGGUUCCUUCGUGAUGACUCAAAGCUUUGUUCAAAAUCUAUUCCAAUUUCCUUUGAGGACCUGGAAUUAUAAAUAUAUAUAUUUUAAUUGUUUUAGUUGGAAUUUCUUUCAUACCUAAGGGUUUCUUGAUUAACUUAAGCCAAGUCCGUGCAGCCCCUUCAGAAUAUACUCCAACUGGCCACAGGAGACAAACUUUGUGAGUUUUAACAAAGAUUUUCAUUUUCUAUAGUUAAAAAAAAAAAAAUCAGAUAAAUGACCUGCAUGUAAACUUUUUCAUGUGAUACAACUGCAAUUUUAUUAAGUGACUUUUUAAUUCCAAAAUUUAUUAAAAGACAGUGUCCCUCUUG